ACCCCGGCCGGGGGAGCACGGUGUGGCCCCGCGCCUGCCGUGCGGUGUUCAGGGGAAAGGCGGAGGCGGUAGGAGAUCCCCGUUCUUGCAAAAAUGCAGCUCGCUCUUUUCUUGUCCUGGUGCUGCUGCCUGCAUGGAUGCGCGCUGGGCACCGGCUUCCUCUAUCAAUUCCCAGCAUCAACCCUGCAGCACAACUACCCAGAGCAGAGCUCCGGCUCGCCGGGCAGCGGCUUCGCCAGUCGCCGGCACUGGUGUCACUACACAGUCACAAGGACAGUCUCCUGCCAGGUGCAGAACGGGUCAGAGACGGUCAUCCAGAGAGUUUAUCAGAGCUGCCGGUGGCCAGGACCUUGUGCCAACUUAGUGAGUUACAGGACUCUCAUCAGGCCCACAUACAAAAUGUCCUACAGAACUGUGACCACGCUGGAGUGGAGGUGCUGUCCUGGCUUCAUGGGGAGCAACUGUGAGGAGGGUUCCUCUGGCCGCCAGCUCGGCUCCUUUCCCAGCCAGGACCAAUGCAUGAACUGCACCAGGCUCGCUGAUAUGACCGAGAGGCUGAACACGCUGGAGGCCAAGAUCCUGCUGCUGGAGGCUGCAGAGAGGAGCCCAGCCCUGGAGAACAACCUGCCCAUCACCGGCACCACGGCCACGUGGUACGACGAGCUGCUGCCAGACGCCUUUCCCCUGCUGAACCCCGGCACUGUCCUGAGGAAAACCGUGGGAUCUGGUGAAGCUAAAGGACACAGAGGUGCAGAGGAGCAGCUGAUACCACAGGGGAUUCCAGGACAGGUUGGUCCCCCGGGCCCGGUUGGACCCACUGGGCUCCCAGGACCACCAGGGCCGAAAGGAGAGAAGGGACAGCCCGGUGAGAGGGGCCCAGCAGGGCCACCAGGGAUGCUGGGACCUCAAGGACCAAGAGGACUUCCAGGAGAAACUGGGAUCCCAGGGCCCCCAGGUCCUCCAGGGCCACCAGCCACCCCAAGCCUCCCUCUCACCUUCCAGCAAGGGGUUCUCUACUCACUCCAGCCCACAGCUGAAAAAGAAAAUGGAGAACCCCAGCUGGCCUCCACCGUCAUCGACACCAUCAUGGCUGGACUGCCAGGACCGAGGGGAGCCCCGGGGCCCGCGGGGCCACCAGGACCACCAGGUGCUUCAGGACCCAAAGGGCCCCCAGGACCCAUUGGAGCCCCUGGAUCACAAGGCUUGCCAGGAUCUCCAGGACAGCCUGGACCAAAAGGAUCCAAAGGAGACCGAGGAGAGAGAGGGCAAGCAGGUCUGCCUGGAGAGAGGGGCAUUAAGGGAUUUCCUGGUGAACCAGGCAAGAAGGGUGAGGAAGGUGACAAAGGUGCUGAUGGGGAAGGUGUCCAACAGCUUCGAGAGGCUCUGAAGAUUUUAGCUGAGAGGGUAUUAAUCCUUGAGCACAUGAUAGGAAUUCAUGACUCUUUGUCUUCCAUUGAGCCAGGCUCUGGACAGGAUGUGAUCCCGGGCUCCCCCCUGAGAACCAGCAUCAAGAUCAAGCGAGGAGGACCCCGGCAGCCCCAGGCCCACCAGAUCCUCUCUUCACUGCUGGAUGACGGUGAAGGCAGAAGGAGAAGCCACCGGAUGAAGUAGGAGCAUCUCCGUGUCCUCCCUGCCUGUUCUCCAGUUAAAGAUACAGUACCCAGUGCUUAAUUGCACCCUGCAGAUGAAGUGGGUGAGAGGCUGCAGUGUUGUUGGCUCAAUACCGAGCUCUGAUUGCAGGGAAUAACUUAUCCAUAGCUCAGAGAGGGUUUUGGGAAUGUUCUCCUGGAUUUUGUUGUUUUGCCUUUGGAAUAGGAGUUGUCAGGUGUCUCAGAGGCUGCCUGCAGAAAUGGCAUCUCCUGGCUGUGCCUCGAGGGUUUAACCCUGCCCUUGACAGUCACUCAGUAAAGCUCUGCUUAACUGGCCAAGAUUAUCCUCAUCCCACCCAGACCCAAAGCCGAGCUUCAGCCUUGUCCAUUGCUGUAGUUGGAGGCCUCUGCUUUUAUUUCCUGUGUUGGUGUCACGCUGACUUCCAGGUGCAACUUCCACAGGCCAUGAAAGCACGACCUGCAAGGAUUUAUUUUAAACAAAGAACAAAUCAGAAUACAAAGUACAUUUAAAAGUAUGACUCUGAAAAUUCAGGUGGCUCUCUGGACUUCAGCAACAAAAUUCUGGCUUUUCAUGUUGCUAAUUGCAUGUGAAUGACAUUAUUUCUAUUUGUGGUUGGCUAAAAAAGGACUUUUGAUGCAAAUGCUCAUGGCAACAUUGGCUUUCUGUCUAUCUUCUGGGAGUUUAGAAUGUUUCUGUGAAAACACAGAGCAGUUUGCAUGAGAUAUGAUGGAAUUGUGCAAGAAUUUUCCCAUACUGUGUUCAGCUUGUGCAUACAUCCAGAGAUAAUUAAUUUAAGUGGUGGCAGUAACUAUUCACAGAAAAGGAUAUUUUGCAAUAGUUUCUUAAUCCUGCAGCAAUCAGGAAAAAUGUUUUCACUGUGUUUUGUUUUAAUCUUGUGAGUAAAUCCUUGCCAUUUGGAUCUGGAGAUAGUGUAGUAGCAAACCACAGCCUAGGGAAUUAGAGACUUGUCAAGAGCUUAUUUGCACUGGGAGUUAAAUACAGAGUCAUUUUACUUUUUGCAAUAACUCAUUAUUUUAGGGGAAGUGCCAGCUUCCAGGUUAAAGAAGUGGAACCUGCCCUUCAGUGACAAAUGAAUCACUCCACCUGCUGUGCUAACCAGGUUGGACAAGCUGAUGUCAUUCAUGUAGACAGUGAUUUUUGUUAGAAGGGGAAGAUUAAUCAACUAAACUUACUGGACUGUUUUUUACUUUUUAGCUCUUUUUAUUCUUUUAAUUACUUUUAAUUCCCAGUUUUCAAAUCCAGCCCAGGACAAAAGUGAGCAAACUGAGUUGUGUUAUUGCCCCUCUGGUUCCAGGAGGACACAGCUGUGUGAGCAGGCUGGCCUGCACUGCUGCAGGCUUCUGCCAGAGGCUUUCCAAGGAAAACACUCUACAGUCCCUGUGUUCAGCACCCCAAGUGAUCUUCCCAAGGCAAAGCCUGCUGGAAAUGAGGCUAAAAAUGGAGGAGCUCUGCCAGCCCAGCAUUAGCCACACCUUAAAUUGAUUGUCCAUAUACACUGUAAAAUGGCAGCGCUGCCAAGAGACACAUCCAACCCCAAUCCUUCCUCUGAAGAGCCUGGCAUCAAAAUGAGCAGGUUACAGGCUCCUGCAGGAUGGCUGAAUCCACCAUGCCUUCACUUGGCCCAGCUCUUUAGGAAUCCAGCCAUCCCCAGCCAGGUGAAAUGGCAUAAGCUGAUGCUGAGCAAGCACCAGGACUUUGCUUUCACUGCUGUGCACUGAAUAACAACCCCUGUGCUGGAGGCAGCAGGUAUUCAAGUCCCUGCCCUGCUUUUGCAUCCUCCCCCUGCUUGGCCAGUGCCAGUGGUGGGGCUGGUUCAGCACCAGCCCACCUGAUUCAGGUUGUGCUUCUGAAUGCUUGAGUUUUCCACAGGACAUUUCCAGAGCUUUGCAGGAGUCUGGGGAGCUGCCUGGCUGCACUCUGAGUUACAGCUGGAGUGUGGUGUAGAGAAUCAAGAAAAUGAGUAAAACUCAAGUCCAGCAGGUUCCUGAGCUCCAGGAGCCGUCCUCUAUUUGCAAUCCCUUUGGGAGAAGGAGAUAAAGAUUCUCUGAAUGCAUCUUAGUUUCACAGCCAGCACUAACUCUAAACCCAGCAUUAACUCUAAGGGUGUCUGUGGUGCUGCAAGAGCUCAUGUCCCUCCUUCCACUACUGGCAGGACAAGAGCUUUGCUUGUGGCCAGCCAAGCAAGCUGCAGCCAUGGGAACAUCCUUGGGAUAAUCAUUCCAUCUAAGAAUGAAAUGUCAAAAAAAAGGACGUUUCCUCAUUUACAGGCUGAUUCCUGUGCAGGAAUUGAGAAGUACUUGGUUACCUCUGUGGUGAAGUGGGACUAUCUUGGUCUAGAGCAUCACAUGGACAUUCCAAGAUCUCACUGGUGGCUUCCAGGAGCUAAAUCAGGCAGUUGGUGUUGGAAAAUCAGGGCUGAAGAGUGAGGAGAAAUCUCAGUUCAGUCUAAACUCAUGCACUGGGCAGGCUGGUGCCAGCUGUAGUCGAGUCCACAGGAACAAUCUGUCCUCACGGCAGCCUUGGGAACCAAACCCAACCAAAGCAAUCUUUAAAAAGGGAAAUGUGGAAAUUCAGUUUCACUGGUCCUGUAGCUACAGGGUUGAAUUUGGGAAAGAGGGAAUACAAUGAGGCAAUUUUUACUUCCCUGACGUUUCAGAGGCUUCAUACUGAACAGAAAGAGAAAUCUUUUCUCAAGUUUGUCUUCUGAAUUCAAAGCUAUUGCAUGAGCUCGGUGCUUUAGUCACUCACAUUGCUGAGGCAUUCAUACUGACAAGGAUGUGGAAUUUUAUAUUAUUUAAAACAAAAUACUGACAAGAUGAAAGGAAGAUUUAAUGGAAGUUGUUUGCAAUUAAUCCUGCCAACUCAAUUGUCAAAAGGCUGUUUAGGUUUGGGUUGAGACUGCUUUAAUUAUUGAUAGUACGAGCUAUGUAAUUUUUUCUCCUUGCUUUGUUGAGCUCUAUCUCUCUGCAGAGGUACUGUAUCUCUAAAUGGGGGACAGCAGGAUUAUACCAGAUGGACUUUCUCUCUCUGCUGGGGUUUCAUUCCUCUCCACUCACACAGGGCUGGACCACACUUGUGUCUCCCCAGUUUAAUUACAUUUAAAGGUGAGCACAGCCUCACACACUGACAUUAAUGAUAUUCAUGGCCAAACAAACCACUCCAACCACAUUCUCCAUCAUAGGCAGGAUCCUGAGGUUCAUUUCAGCCAGGGCAUAUAAUGCUUCUUGCCAUGUCUAUGUAACUUAGGGGAUUUAUUUUGAAUGCGUGCUCAUUUAGAAAUAUAUUUUAAUUGAAAUGUUUAGUGCUUUAUCUUAUAUACAUACUGUGCAAUACCAUAGUGUGUUCUUUUCCUUUUUUGGUUUUUUUUUUCUGAGACUUUUUUUUAAAUUCUUGAUGUUUGUUUGAGCCUCCAGUGUGUUUUUGACUUGGAUCAGCUCUGGUAGUAGUAGUAGUGUUUUCCUUGCCCUGAGCUAACCAGAAGCAGCACAUUGCACAACCAAAACCCUUUGCAAGUCAUGCACCCUCAUGUUCACCAGCAACCUGGAACUCCUGGGAGGAAGGGAAUGCUCCUCUCCAGAGGGUCUAAUUUGCACUUACUGUAAGGAAUUGAUAGCAACCCAGGGAAAUAGGAAUAAACUAGAGAGAAGAGCCCUCACCUGCUCCCACCAAACUCCACCAUCAUUUUGUCAUCAGUUUCCAAAGGAACAGAUAUUAAAAAGCAGAUUCAGGUCUGGAGCAGCACGUGUUGGUGCUGAGUGGGCUCUGCUCCAGUGUCUGCCAUGAGCUGUUGUCAUGUGGGACCCUGAGCACUGGGACAAAGCUUCUAAGGACAAUCAGCUUCUGGAAUUCCUUUGGCUACAAUGAUUGGAAACCCAUCCUCCUCCACAGUUACAGCUUCUGUCUGACUCAAGAUGACAUUCCACUGGGGGUGUAGGGGUUAAACUACUCAGAGUCUCUCUGAUUUCUUGGUUUCCUGUGAAACCAGGGAUUGAAAGGUGCUAUAAUUGUUCACAAGGCACAUUCCCAGCCACAGAAGGAAAUGGUAACUUCUUCACCAGUUAUUUUACACAAUACCUUUUUUAUUUAUAUCAAUGUGUUUCAUAUGUGUGCCAACGGUCCUGGCUUCUUUCCUGAGGAUCAGCUUUACAACCAUUUGGUCUUUUAUAGGGCAGCCAUAGGCAGUAUCUUGCAAUCAAUGUGUAAUUUCUUAACUUAGAGCAAGAAUAAAUCUCGUCUGACAGGAUGAACUCAUUUAUGGCAGGCAUUAAUGUUUGUUGUAAACACAACCUGUUUGUUCCACCUCUUGCAUGGUUACUUAUCUGUUUUCAUAUUGCUAUGUUAUUGUUCAAAAUAUCUAUUUCUCUUUAUUUGCUAUGGGGUUUGUUACUGUAUAUGGAAUGUUUUGUAUUCAGCAUUUUCUUACGGAGCAGAGUGGGAACAGUAUUCAAGGACCCACAAAUACCAAAGACCUUUCAUGUAAUGCACUGAGAAAUAAACUUACUGUAAAUGAA